UUUGGUUUUAAUGAAUGACUUAAAACCCCAAUAUUGCUCGCCAGGAAAUGGGGAGAGGAAAUUGAGCGAUGUUUUGAGAGUAUAAAUUAGGGGCUCCAUCAAGGUGAAGGCUGCAGAUUGGCUUUUUUUACCCUCCUGUGAUAAUUGAGCCUGGACCGAGGGCAGAGCGUCUCCUUGCCCGCAGCAUGCAAACCUGCCCAGCUCUGCUGCUCCUGCUGCUGGCCGCCGGCACCCUGCCCGCCCGCUGCUCGCCCUCCGCUGCUCAGCCCUCCUGCCUCCACUUCCCCCAGCUCCUGCCCGCCAAGCUCAGGGAGCUGAGGAGCAAGUUUGAGGAAAUCAAGGAUUAUUUUCAAUCCAAAGACGAUGAACUUAGCAUCCAGUUGCUCAGCUCCGAACUGCUGGAUGAAUUCAAGGGGAGCUUCGGCUGCCAGUCGGUGUCGGAGAUGAUGCGGUUCUACACGGAGGAGGUGCUGCCCAGCGCCAGGAGGACGAGCGCGCACCACCAGCAGAGCAUGGACGACCUGGGCAACCUGCUGCUGAGCCUGAAGGCAACGAUGAGGCGCUGUCACCGAUUCUUCACGUGCGAGAAGAGGAGCAAAGCCAUAAAGCACAUCAAGGAGAUGUUCGAUAAGGUAAGGUCCCCGCCGGCGCGGCUGCGCUGAGGUUGGGAGGA